AUGAAUGGUUACCGACAUUUCGAUAAUGAAUUCGAUUCAAAUAUAAGAAAUUCAGCAGCUAUUUUACAUGAAAUUGAAAUUGAUGAACCAUAUCAAUUUGAAGUGAAUCCUCAACUUACAACAUAUUCGGCAAAAUCGAAUAAAUUUAAAAUAUUUUUCUUACGUCGAACAUUACUUGAACGUUGUUUAUUUUUCUUAACAAUUAUUUUACUUAUUAUAAUUAUUAUUUAUUUUUUACAUAAUAAAAAAAAUUUAAAAAAUUCUAUAUGUUUAACACCAUCAUGUAUUCAAGUAUCAUAUGAAAUUUAUUCUGGUAUGAAUCAAUCAAUUGAUCCAUGUGAAGAUUUUCAUCAAUUUGUAUGUGGUGAUUGGAUUAAAAAAACUAUCAUUCCAAAAGGUCAUUAUAUAUGGUCAAUAACACAAGAAUUAACACAAAAAAAUAUGAUUCUAUUAAAAAAUCUUCUUGAACAAACAUCAAUAUCAUCAGUAAUUAAUGCUGAACAACAAACUAUUCAAUAUUAUCGAUCAUGUAUGAAUAUAACGGAACUUGAAAGAUUACAUAUUGAACCAUUAGAAAAAAUUUUUCAAUAUAAUUUAAAUUUUACAUUAAAACAAUGGAUUAAUUUAGAUAAAAAUCAAACAUGGCAACAAUUAUUUAUUUAUUUAAUUAAAAUAUUUUCAACUCAAUAUGGUUUUUCAAAUAUAUUUCCAAUUGAAAUUGAUUCAGAUGAAAAAAAUUCAACAUGGAAUAAUAUUCAUUUUGAUCAACCCGAACUCAAUCUUGUCAGUCGAGAUUAUUAUAUUAAUUUAACAACAAAUAAUCAAACUAACCAAAGAAAUCAAAUUAUUCGAGAAACAUAUAGUAAAGUUGGUUCAGAUAUAUUACAAUUACUUGGUUUUGAAAAAAAUGAUUCAAUCAGACGUAUAAAUGAUAUUAUUCAAUUUGAAACUGAACUUGCAAUUAUUAAUUUACCUAUGGAAAUUUUACAAAAACCACAAGAAACAUAUUAUUUAAUGACUUUAAAACAAUUUCAAGAACAAUAUCAAUCUAUAGGAUUUGAUAUUUAUUCAUUUCUAAAUGAUAUACUUAAUAUAAAUACAUUAAAUCCAAUAAAAUUAAAUGAAAAUGAUACAAUUAUUAUUUUAUCAUAUGAACAUAUGUUACAAUUGUCAAAAAUUUUAACAAAUUAUUUAAUAACACAAAAUAAAAGUCAUAUUAUUAUUGAUCAUAUGUUAUUUUCAUUUGUAUAUAAUAAAGUUUUACAUUUAUCAUCUAUAUUUGAAAAAGCUUUAUUACCAUUAAAAAAAGAAAUUUUUGGAAUAGAUUCAAUACUUGAACGAUGGGAAUAUUGUAUUAGACAAACAGAUGAUGCAUUUGGAUAUGGACUUGGUGCUUUAUAUACUCGAGCUGUAUUCGAUGAAGCAAGUCGAUUAAAAGCAAAUGAAUUAGUAAAAAAUAUUCGUUUAAGUUUUGAAGAAAAUCUUAAUAAUCUUCAAUGGAUUGAUGAACAAUCAAAAAAUGAAGCAAAGAAAAAAUUAGAAAAAAUAAAUGAAAAAAUUGGUUAUCCUGAUUUUAUAAAAAAUCAAACAAAACUAAAUGAACGUUAUGCUGGUUAUUCAAUGAUUGAAAAUGAAUAUUUUUAUAAUACAAUUAAAGUAAUCAAUCGAGAACACAAACGCAAAAUUUUCAAAUAUCGACAAAAAGUUGAUCCUACUGCAUGGCGUAUGACACCUCGAACAGUUAAUGCUUAUUAUUCACCACCAUCAAAUGAAAUUGUUUUUCCAGCUGGUAUUCUUCAACCACCAUUGUUUCAUAAAGAUUUACCAUUAGCAAUUAAUUAUGGAGCUAUUGGCACUAUAAUUGGUCAUGAAAUUACACAUGGUUUUGAUAAUCAAGGUCGACAAUUUGAUGGUGAUGGAAAUAUGCGUUCAUGGUGGACAAAUAUAUCUUUAAAUAAUUUUCAAGAUAGAACAAAAUGUUUUAUGAAACAAUAUUCAAAUUUUACAAUCGAUGGACAACAUGAAAAUGGACAAAGAACAUUAGGUGAAAAUAUUGCUGAUAAUGGUGGUAUAAAAAUAUCUUAUUUUGCAUAUCAAAAACAUAAACAAAGUACUUUAAAUAGUGAUAAUGAUUUUUGUUUACCAGGUUUAAAUUAUAACAAUGAUCAAUUAUUUUUUAUUUCAUUUGCUCAUACUUGGUGUAAUAUCCAAACUUUAAAUUCCAUUCAUCAUGAUUUGAUAAAUGAUCCACAUUCCCCACCACCUUUUCGUAUAAUUGGAACAGUACAAAAUAGUGAUGAAUUUUCCAAAGCAUUUUCAUGUCGAUCAAAGACAACGAUGAAUCCGAGUAAUAAAUGUCAAUUAUGGUAG